AUGUCGACUCCUGUCGACGAGGUCAAGGCCUUGCAAUUGGAAGACCAGAAGGAGAGGCACAACUACAGCGACGAGCCCUCCCCAACGUCCGACGAUGACACCUACGUCAACGAGCAUCACGAAGCCAACCGUCUGAAGCUCGACACUAUAUGCACCGCCGAAGACGAGGGCCCGCCACCAUUGCGCACGCCCUCGGCACGCCGCGAGCGCGCCACCCGGCUGGAGGAUGAUCUGAUGCUCCUGCAAGCCGAGCGGGUUGUCUCGCGGUCCACCCAGGGCGGCGAGGAUGGGCUCGAAGGCAGCGGUGGUCGCGGGUCGAUCAAUCGGUCUCGCUCGCGGCGCUCCGAGCCCGUGGAUGAGUUCGACGAGGCCACGAAUCCGUUGCAUGAGAAGGCCGCUAUCUAUAAGCCGCCCGAGAGUCCCAAUACGAAGAUUGCAGUCUUUAUUAAGAAGGUGCAUGAGUCGAGCUUCAUCGUUCGCUACCUUACUUACAUUACGCCAUUGUUUCUUAUUCUGCUUGUUCCUUUGCUUAUUGGCGCGCUGAAGUACAAGAAUGCCACAGUUGGUGGCGUUCGGUUGAUGUGGUUCUCCAUUUGGUUGGAGAUUGUUUGGUUGACGCUAUGGGCUGGCCGGAUUGUUGGUAAGGGUUUACCUUUGGUUGUUGGAGUGUCGGCUAGCAUCUUUACCAACAACGCGAAGAAAUGGCGCGAUAUGGCCAAGCAGCUCGAGCUUCAUGCUGCGCUCUUCUUCUGGUGGCUGGCCAUUGAGAUUUCGUUCCUGCCCACGAUGAAGAACCACCAUUUGGAUGGUAACACCGGCACCAGAAGCUGGGAGAACACCAUGAACAAGAUCAUAAUUGUCAUCUUCGUCUGGACGAUCCUGAACCUCAUCGAGAAAAUCAUUAUCCAACUGAUCGCCAUCAGCUUCCAUCUGAGAACCUACGCGGACCGCAUUGAGAUCAACAAGUUCCAGAUCGGCAGUCUGACCAAGCUAUACGACUGGUCACGCAACCGUAUUGAGGAGAAAGACGAGGCGUUUGAGGAAAAGAGGCCCCAAUCCGGAAGUGGUACCAAGACUCCCCUGCACUACGCCGGCAAGGCCCAGCGUGUGGCGAAUCGCGCCUUGAACAAGGUGGGCAACAAGGUCGGUGAUGUGGCUGGCGCUGUUGCUGCCGACUUUACCGGCCGGAAGGUGAACCGCAGCACCGAUGCGUACCAGGUGAUUCUGACCCUUCUACGCACUACGUCGGGUUGCCAGGUCCUGGCACGUCGUCUGUACCGCACGUUUGUGCGCGAUGGCUUCGACACGGUAUUCGCCGGCGAUUUGAAGGAGGCCUUUGACAAUAGCGAGGAGGCUGAGGCGGCAUUCACCAUGUUUGAUCGAGACUUGAACGGUGAUAUAUCCAUGGAGGAGCUGGAGUCGGUUUGUGUGGACAUUGGUCGCGAGCGCAAGUCAAUCACAGCCUCCCUGAAGGAUUUGGAUUCCGUUGUGUCCAAGCUGGACGAUGUGUUCAUGUUUUUCGUUCUUAUCAUCGUCGUCGUGGUGUUCCUGUCGUUGAUUUCGACUUCGGCGGCCGGCGUGCUCACCUCUGCUGGAUCAACCAUCCUGGCCCUGUCGUGGUUAUUCUCUGCCACUGCACAGGAGUUCCUCCAGUCGGUGAUUUUCGUCUUUGUCAAGCACCCGUUCGAUGUUGGUGAUCGCGUCACUAUCUACGGCAACGCCGGUGAUUCCGGUUUGGGCGAUGACUAUUUCGUCAAGGAGAUUACGCUGCUUUACACCGAGUUCAAGAAGAUGCAGGGCCACGUCGUGCAGGCACCUAACAGCUACCUGAACACGCUCUUUAUCCUGAACCAGCGCCGCUCGGGUGCCCUCGCUGAGGCAAUCCCCAUCGUCAUAAAGUACGGCACGACUAUCGAUCAGAUGGACGGUCUGCGCCAGCGGCUUCUGGAGUUUGUGCGGAGUGAGAAGCGCGAUUUCCAGAGCAGCAUCAUCACCGAGCUGCGCGAGGUGACGGAGAACUUCUCCGUGACUCUCAACGUGGUCUUCUUCUACAAGUCCAACUGGCAGAACGAGGGUCUGCGUCUGCAGCGCCGCAACAAGUUCAUCUGUAUGCUUAUGAUCGCCCUGCAGGAGAUCGGCAUCGAGGGUCCUCGCAUGAACCUCCAGGGAGCCCAGUACGACAUCCCCUUCCAUGUCAGCUACGGCACCGCUCCCAUGAUGGCCCCCGUUCCGCCCAAGAAGGACGACGAUCGAAUCAUCGAAGAGCCGGAAACCCGCAUCGACGAAGAUACCACAACCACACUCUCCGAAAACACCGGCACUAGCAGCGCCCUCCGUCACCACUCAAUCCUCCGCAGAGGCAUGGACAAAGCCAACGCGCGCGCCCGCGGCCAAUCUGCCUCGCAGCGCAAGCACGUCGAUUUCUCCUUGGGGAUGUCGAACAUGGCCUCUGGGGAUGUUAUGGGCGAUGUAUUUGAAGACCGCGGCGUGCGCAUCGACGACGUCGUCCGCACCACCAACCGCGACGCCGCCGAGCGCCGCAUGCAGGACGUCGCCGAGGAAGAAGCGGAACGUCGCAGCCGUGCGUCGUCUGCACGGUCUGGCCGUCCCUCCAAUGCUAGUGCUGCCCAGUCCCACGAGCUAGGUCGCCGGUCGACUGACGCACAGAGCUUCAAGAGUGGUGCUUCGUCGGCCAGUCGGGGGAAUCGCUUCUUCAGGCAUCGCGGCAGCGUCAGCCGUGAUCUUGAGCGUGACGAUCUGAUGGAGCAGGGCCAGGCUGCUUCGCCUUCGCCGACGACGACGCAGCAGUAUUAG